AUGAAUAUUAAAAUGCAAGGAGGUUAUCUACAUGCAAUGGCGGAUAUGAUUCAAUCACUUGGUGUAAUGAUCGGUGGAGGAAUCAUUUGGGUGAAACCGAAAUGGGUUUUGGUUGAAUUGAUAUGCACUCUUGUUUUCUCUGCGUUUGCUCUAGCUGCGAGUGUCCCAAUGCUCAAAAACAUAUUUGGGAUACUGAUGGAGCGUGCACCACGAGGGAGUUAA